CAAAGGAAAGUUUAAUUGAAACCAUGUCUCUUGCUGGAAAGGGUGUCUUUCUUUUUUUUUUUUUUUUUGAAUACAACCUUGCUGGAAAGUUAGUGAGCGAAAUUGAGAUAAAUGCUAUAGCUGAGAAAUAUUACAAAGUCUUCAAAUAUCAAUCUUUUAAUCUUCCCAACAUUUCCCCAAAAUUCAUUCAACGAGUUGAAGUUCAAGGAGGUGAUUGGGAUAGCCACGGCCAUGGCUCUGUUCAGAUCUGGAAUUAUACCACUCCUGAUUGUGAGGCUGAAGUUUAUAAGGAUCGAGUGGAAUUUGAUGACGAGAAAUUAGCAAUGAUCAUGAUCGGAUUUGAAGGAGAUGUAUUCAACUUGUACAAAACUUUCAAUGCAACAUAUCAAGCUGUGCCAAAGAGUCCCAAUUAUUGCUUGGCAAUUUUGUCCAUCGAAUAUGAGAAACUCAAUGAUAGCGCUCCUUAUCCUUACAAGUACCUUGACAUCAUGAAUGGUGUCACCAAGGACAUCGAAUCUUACCUUAAAUGAUAACUUUUAAGGGUCUUAAUAUGAGCUUCAUCCCUCUAUAUAGCUUAUUAUAUUGCGUCAGAGUUCAGCGUUAUGAAGCAGUCUUUCGGGCUUGAUCAAGUAUCUUUGUGUAGUAUACUUGGAUGCGUGAAAACUAAAUAAAGGGUUGCGUUGUAAAAGUGAUGAAGCUUAAUUAUUAUGUUUGCUUCAAUAUAAUAUGUUUUAUUUGUAUGCCACUCAUUGUUUGUGGCUACUUUCUUUAUCCUUGGGAGGUUUGUUAUAUUUUCCUUGUUUUAUUUUUAAGA